CCGGUACAUAACCCGGAUGCAGUAGACCAUGUGCAGUCCUGUCUUCACAGCUCCACACGACUGUCCUCUCAUCCAGUCCUACCGCUCCGUGUGGUGUCCUCGCUGCAUUUACAAGCUUUUACCUCGCAGAAAUGUUUCGUCUACCUACCAUCAUGAAACAGGUGAGGCCUGUGUGCCGGGCCCUGGCUCCUCACCUCACACGAGCAUACGCCAAGGAGGUGAAGUUUGGGGCGGACGCGCGCGCCCUGAUGCUGCAGGGGGUGGACCUGCUGGCUGACGCUGUGGCCGUCACCAUGGGGCCAAAGGGUCGCACUGUCAUCAUCGAGCAGAGUUGGGGCAGUCCAAAGGUCACCAAGGAUGGCGUGACGGUGGCCAAAAGCAUCGACCUGAAGGACAAGUACAAGAACAUCGGGGCCAAGCUGGUGCAAGAUGUGGCCAACAACACCAACGAGGAGGCCGGCGACGGCACCACCACGGCCACGGUGCUGGCGCGGGCCAUCGCCAAGGAGGGCUUCGACAACAUCAGCAAGGGCGCCAACCCCGUGGAGAUCCGGCGUGGGGUCAUGUUGGCCGUGGAGACGGUCAUCAACGAGCUGAAGAAGCUCUCGAAGCCUGUUACAACCCCAGAGGAGAUUGCACAGGUCGCUACCAUCUCAGCCAACGGAGACGUGGAAAUCGGUAACAUCAUUUCCAAUGCCAUGAAGAGAGUUGGACGCAAGGGAGUCAUCACAGUAAAGGAUGGGAAGACUUUGCAGGACGAGCUGGAGAUCAUUGAGGGAAUGAAGUUUGACCGUGGUUACAUCUCUCCUUACUUCAUCAACACCGCUAAAGGUCAGAAGUGUGAGUUCCAGGACGCCUACCUGCUGCUCAGUGAGAAGAAGAUCUCCAGCGUCCAGAGCAUCGUACCGGCUCUGGAAAUCGCCAACCAGCACCGCAAACCUCUGGUGAUCGUAGCCGAGGAUGUGGACGGAGAAGCCCUGAGCACCCUGGUUCUCAACAGGCUGAAGGUCGGUCUUCAGGUGGUCGCUGUCAAAGCUCCUGGUUUCGGAGACAACAGGAAGAACCAGCUGAAGGACAUGGCCAUCGCCACCGGCGGCACGGUGUUUGGUGAUGAAGCUCUGAGUCUGGCUCUGGAGGACAUCCAGGCUCACGACUUUGGCAGAGUGGGGGAGGUGCAGAUCACCAAAGACGACACCCUGCUGCUGAAGGGCGGAGGCAGCCCCGCCGACAUCGAGAAGCGAGCGGCAGAGAUCGCCGAGCAGCUGGAGAACACCACCAGCGACUACGAGAAGGAGAAGCUCAAUGAGAGGCUGGCCAAGCUGUCUGACGGGGUGGCUGUUCUCAAGGUGGGGGGAACCAGCGACGUUGAAGUGAACGAGAAGAAGGACCGCGUGACGGAUGCCCUGAAUGCCACCCGGGCCGCCGUGGAGGAGGGCAUCGUUCUCGGCGGAGGCUGCGCUUUGUUGCGAUGCAUCCCGGCACUGGAAGCCCUGAAAACCGCCAACAGUGACCAGAAGAUCGGCGUGGACAUCAUCAGGCGGGCGCUCCGUAUUCCUGCCAUGACCAUCGCUAAGAACGCUGGUGUGGAGGGCUCCCUGGUGGUGGAGAAGAUCCUGCAGGGAGCGCCAGAGAUGGGCUAUGAUGCCAUGCAGGGAGAGUACGUCAACAUGGUGGAGAAGGGCAUCAUCGACCCCACAAAGGUGGUACGGACGGCGCUGAUGGACGCCGCCGGAGUCGCGUCUCUACUUUCCACCGCCGAGGCCGUCGUUACGGAGAUCCCCAAGGAGGAGAAGGAGAUGCCAGCAGGCAUGGGGGGCAUGGGAGGAAUGGGAGGAAUGGGAGGCGGCAUGGGGUUCUGAGCCGGGCCUGCCGACCCUGUACAGACUGAAUCAUCAGAUUUGAGCUGGAUUGACCACGAUUCCUCCGGAGCUUCACUUGGUUUGACGGCUCAGUGGACUGAGAGCUGCCGGAGCCCUUCUUCGUAUUCCACACUGGCACCUGAACGCAUCAUGUAACCUGCUCAGAGGGAAGCACUAACAGAGGGUUCACCACUAGGGAGGGUUUGGUUUGUUUCAGCCUCACGUGUCUGCAGAGAAACGCAGAGUUCUGAAUCUGUGUGCAUUGUUGCAUGUGGAGAAAAUGAUCACGCUUCUUUUUUUCUCCAGAAUGUUCUGAUUGAUUUGAUGAAACCACCCACCUCUCUGCCCAGUUGCUCUUGUUGAGUAGCUGUAGUCCUGCAGGCUGAAACAAACAGAACCAUUCCUAUGUGGACCAGAGAGAGUAGGCCUUCAAUGUCCAUGUCUGGAUUUUUAUUUUGUAGUAGUUUUUUUUCUGUUAAUUCUUCUUAUGUUUUUGUAAUAUACAUGUCUGUCAUCAUCGAUCCGAAUUAAAGCAGUUUUCUUACAGACUA